CAAUCACAUCAGCCUUUUACCACGUGAUCAGCCGUGUCCAAAUAACACGCUGAUCACAGGGAAAUGCAAUUGCCGGUUCUCGGCUGCACUUUCCUCACGCUGUCAGAUCGGUUCGGCACCGAUCAUCAGGGCACUGAUGAUCAGUGCCCUGAUGAACAGUACCCAGCAGUGCCACCCACCAGUUCCGCCCACCUGUGCCCAGCAGUGCAGCCACCUGUGCCCAGCAGUGCAGCCACCUGUGCCCAGCAUUGCAACCACCUGUGCCACCCAGCAGUGCCACACACCUGUGCCCAGCAGUGC